UAAUGUCAAAAAGUAGCAACCCCACACGUUGGCCUGUUUGUAGUGUCGUUUUUUCCCUGCUACACACACACACACGCACGCACGCACGCCGGAGUUUUGUGUGUAGCGCUAGCACAGUAGCAGGUCGCAAGCGAGCGGACAAGCCGGUCGGAUCGCUUCGGGCUCAACCGUGGGGACGCCAUGCUACCUUCGUUCGGGUUCACCCAGGAGCAGGUCGCCUGCGUGUGCGAGGUCCUGCAGCAGAGCGGGCAGAUCGAGCGCCUCGGCCGCUUUCUCUGGUCGCUGCCCGCCUGCGAACACUUACACAAAAACGAGAGCGUGCUCAAGGCAAAGGCAGUGGUGGCCUUCCACCGAGGAAACUUCCGGGAGUUGUACAAGAUCUUGGAGAGUAACCAGUUCGGGCCCGAGAAUCACCCCAAGUUACAGCAGCUAUGGUUGAAGGCACAUUAUAUGGAGGCCGAGAAGUUGCGAGGCCGGCCGCUCGGCGCCGUGGGGAAGUACCGUGUCCGCCGAAAGUUUCCGCUGCCCCGUACCAUCUGGGACGGCGAGGAAACCAGCUACUGCUUCAAGGAGAAGUCCCGGGGUGUGUUACGGGAGUGGUACGCUCACAACCCGUACCCUUCCCCGAGAGAAAAGAGAGAGCUAGCCGAGGCCACGGGUCUGACGACAACGCAAGUCAGCAACUGGUUCAAAAACCGGCGGCAGAGGGACAGGGCAGCUGAAGCGAAAGAGAGGGAACAACAAGAACAGACCAAACUGGGGCCGGACCAGGUCGGGCAGCCAGGCGAGGACCAAGUCGACAGAACCCCUGGAUCGGAGCUGGGCCACGAGGACAGUAAACAGAACAUAUUCACGUCCAUGCAGAACCCAGGACAAAAUUCCGUAACACCCACCGACAUGAACACUCCUAUGGGCACGCUAGCGCCGUCCGGUCCGGGGCCAGCGGGGCCCAGCGCCGUGGCCGUAAGUAACUCGGACGUUCUAAACCCCCAGUCUAUGCAGGGCGCCAUGAUGGCAACGAUGGCCUCAGACUUGGUCAGCUUAGGGCCCUAACACUUACCUCUGCCACUGAACCACCGUGGCACCAGCCCAAAGACACACUUCUCAUAUAGCCGUGAGAAAGAAAACUAACAUAUCCGCGCUUGACAAUCAAAUACACAAGGAAGUUAAACAAUGGCCAGGUCUAGAAAGUACAACCCACCCAAAACAGCAGACGGUUUGAAAACUACAAGAAGAUGCAGUAAGAAUAUUGUGGAUGUACAAAUGACGUUUUUAGUUUUGUACGAGUGCCAUCUUGUGCUGUGUUUUUAUUUUUUAUGGUUGUUGUUGUUGUUGUUAUCUUUACCAUAUGUGCGCACUUGCCAAAAGUAUUGUUGUAAAUAAUCCUAGGGUAUAGGAAAUAGGUUGUUAUACUGUUGUUGCGACCAAGAUAGGUAAAGCCGUAGGGCUUCGCUGCCGUGGUGUUUUUAGUACUAACUAGACUCAUGUCGUCUGCAAACAGCAUUCGUUAUCCCCCCUCAGAGCUUAACUAAUACUUCAGUCGCCAGGAGUUAACCAGAGUUAAGAAAGGGUAGCACAAGUCCCACCUUAUCCUACCUGUGUUGUCCUCAGACUACUACUAGAAAUAUAAUCAUCAUGUAAUAUACAUCUUACCGCCAAAUCUUUCUGGACUCUUAGAGCUUAUGCCCUAGUCUCGGAUAUAUAGUUAGCUACAAGCUGUAACUGGUCCAUGCAUUUUGUGCGCAUCAUAUGUCUUUAAUCGUUGUUUAUAUCCCAUGAAUAUUGUUCAGAAUUUGCUUGUUUCGACUGAAACUUCUCCCAAUUAGUAUGAAUAAAAUUCAUACGACAUGUAUACUUA